CGUACGACAGAAGCGUUCGCACGAAAGAUACAUUGAAGUCAAAGGAACGGGCGAUAGUUUUUAAUUUACUCAGCCACAAUUACAGCAAUGGCCACCGCUCUUCAGCUUCGCCUGGGCUCGUCCUAUCAAGGUCGCCUUGCGGCCGCGACGGUCUUGCGGCGAGGGCCAAUCCGCUUCGUCACCACAAGCAUCCGCGCGUCAGGCAGGUCAACUAAGCUCGCUCGCUCCUCGCCCGUUUCCGUCGACCAGCAAGUUGCGAGUCGCAGGGAAGCCUUGAUCGCUACAACUGCUGCAACCUUGUUCGUCGUGCCCUCCGCAUUGCCCGCUGUGGCAGCUGAUGCCGGAGCCCUCAACGUGAGCAGGAGCGGCCUCCAAUGGAAGGACGUGGAGGUCGGGACCGGCCCGGCGCCUGCUAAGGGAUCAACGAUCAGGUGCCAUUACACCGGUCGCCUAACCAAUGGAGCCGUGUUUGACUCGUCCGUCGAGCGCGGCCGGCCUCUCUCCUUCCAGAUUGGAGUGGGUCAGGUCAUCAAGGGCUGGGACAUGGGCAUCCUGGGGACCGAGGACAUCCCGGCCAUGAAGGAGGGCGGCAAGCGGCUGCUGGUCAUUCCGCCAGAGCUGGGAUACGGCGCCCGGGGAGCUGGCGGUGUCAUCCCGCCCAACGCCACUCUGGAGUUCGAUGUGGAGCUGCUUCCGCGCAAGUGAGGAGGAUCGAACGCAUCUGAGCUACCGAGCGAUGGAGAAGGAAUGCAACUAUGCAAGGCAUAUGGCCUGCUAGAGUAUAGCGUUUCAGAGAAUGGCGAAGUGGGGGAUAGCGAAGAAUGGCUAGACAGCAGGUUGUGUUUUUGUGUGAAUAAAGGGCUUGGCAGGCUACGGCAAGGUAUAUGCGGUGGUGGCCAUUCUUUGGCUUUGUAUGUAUGGCAUAAGGGCUUGCGAGCGUUCGACGCUUGAUGCGGGGAACGGCAUCACGAGGUAGGUGGGUUGCAUGCCCUGGUCUGGUCUAGCUGAAAGAAUGAUGUGCAAGACGGAUUCUUUUGCUAGAGGAGGGCGCUGGGGUGUACGGCGGCGUUCUGGGGUCGAACUGUAAGUAGGGACAGUAGAACGACGGCAGGGGACUGUAAUGUUGCACGGCAUUG